GGUUCGCGUGCCCAGUGAGCAAAGUGCUCCAGUGUGUAUUAUUCCUUCUGCAUAUGUGUUCGGGAAUCCAUGCAAUUCCAUUCGGCAGUAAUGCCAUCGCCGCUGCCGUAAGAACAUCGCUAACAUAGCACUCGAACCUCGACUCCCGUACACCCAACCGACUACCUUAUGCCGCUACCGCAUGUGGUGGUGUGCCUUGAACACCGGGCAAGCUGGAUGUUGUGACGGUAUCUCACGUAUCACAGUGGCACCCAGGAACACAUCGGCCUGAGUGGACAGCGCACAACGAGUCGUUCAAGAUUGCUGGCACAACUCCUGCAGUUGAGGAUGACGAAGAGGAGGAUGACGAUAGUACUGUGGUCUAUCCCCAAAGCAGGCUAUAGUUUAGUGUGAGUGGAGUGUCUGUGAACCCAAUUAGAGGCUCUCCUACAGUAAAGUAGUGAAGAGGAUGUCUGCAACCACACCUGCCUCAGCCCCACCUCCUAAAAAAAGCAGGGGGAAACUGGAGGCGGAGUCUCUGCAGGCAGCCAAUGAGGAGCUGAAGACCAAACUAACUGACAUCCAAAAUGAGCUGCAGCAAGAAAGAGCCAAGGUGUGUAAGCUGCGUGAGCGCGUUCAGGAGCUGCGGGCACAGCGGGACUCGGAGCAGCACCGCCAUGCGGUGGUGCUGACAGAGGUGCGCGUGAAGCUACGUGAGGAGAAGCAGCGGGAGGUGGCGGCAGCUCGCGAGGCAUUGGCGCGGCAACACGAGGCGGAGCUGGCCCGGGCCGGGCGCCUGCGUGAUGCCGAGCUGGCUCGUCUGCACGGCCUGGUGCACGCGCUCCGUGACGGGGCUGCCAGCGAGGGCCGCGCCGCCCUGCGGGAGGAGGCACGUGAGGAGGCACGGCGCAGCCACGAGGCCGAGCGGCUAAAGAUGGCGCAGGAGCUGCAGGAGGCCAAGGUGGCACGGAGACAGGCGGAAGAGGCGUUGGCCAACGCCGUGCAGGCGGACAAGGCCAAAGCGGCCGAUCUGCGCACGGCCCACCAGGCGCACCAAGAGGAGAUCCAGAGGAUCAAACGGGAGAGCGAGAGGGACAUCCGCAGACUGAUGGAGGAGUUGCGGGGCAGGGACCGGGUGGUAGCAGCACUGGAGAAGGAGCUGGGGGUGCAAGCGGGGCAGACACAGCGACUGUUACUGCAGAGAGAGGAGUCGGAGCGUCACCAUGGUAGCCCCAAGAGAGAGGUGGCCCCACCCUUCACAGACAAUGGGGACUCCAUCAUCACCCAGGAAGUAGAUGAGAGGGACACUCGCAGGUUCCAGCUUAAGAUUGCCGAGCUGCAGGCUGUCAUUAGGAAACUAGAGGACAGGAACACCCUACUGUCAGAUGAGAGGACUGAACUGCUAAAACGUGUGCGUGAGACAGAUGGACAAAUGAAGCCACUCUUGGAGAAGAACAGACGGAUGUAUAAAAAGAAUGAGGAGCUUCUGCAGACCCUGCAGCGCAUGGAGGACAAGCUGAAGUCCCUGAGCCGUGAGAACGCUGAACUGAAGGAGAAGACAAACUCUGAAUCCCAGCAUGCAGUGCUGAAGAGGCCUAGCUCUCUGACAGACCUAAGCCAUGCCCAUGAGCAGCAGGAGGUGGAGUUUCUGCGCCUGCAGGUCAAGGAACAGCACUCCAUCAUUGAGGAGCUUACUCAGGAGCGUGAUAAAAUGGUGAUAAACAAAAAGACCAAGAGGAGGAAUAUCAGAAUGCCAAAGAGGCAUGUUGUGGAGACAUAUUUUGGAUUUGAUGAAGAGUCCAUUGAUUCUGAAACAUCCUCUCUGACCUCAUACAACACAGACCAAACCCCAGCCACACCGGAGGAGGAGCUUGAGGAAGCCUUCUCUCGGGAGGAGGCAGAGCUCCGUUUUCGUCAGCUGACACGCGAGUACCAGGCGCUACAGCGGGCAUACGCUCUCCUGCAGGAGGCCGCUGGCCCGCUGGACCCCGAGAGACAUUGCAGGACGCGGGAGCAGAUGCAGGCGGAGCUGAGUGCAUGUCAGGCACGGAUCGCUGACUUGGAGAGGAGCCUGGCAGAGAAGGGGCAGGACUCAAAGUGGGUGGAGGAAAAGCAGACUCUCAUCAGGGUGAAUCAGGAACUGAGAGAAAAGAUAGAGGUUCUGGAACAGUGUGAGAUACGUUUGCGUUCUGAGGUGCGUGACAAACAGGACCAGAACGAACUGCUGGAGUUCCGCAUUCUAGAACUGGAAGAGAGGGAGCGACGCUCUCCUGCCUUUAACUUGCACAUCUCUGCCUUGGAGCAUAGCAGUAGCCUACAGCUACACUGCCAACAGGAGGGGAUCAAGGAUGUCAUUAUUCCUGACCUCAUGAAGAAGCUGGACAUCUUAGGAGAUAACGGGAACUUGCGGAAUGAAGAACAAGUUACAGUAAUCCAGGCAAGCACUGUGCUGUCUCGCUGUGAAAAGUGGCUGAAACAGAUAGACAACGCUGAAGCAGCACUUACGCAAAAGAUGAUUGAUCUUGAGAAUGAAAAGGAGCUAUUUAGUAAGCAGAAGGGCUUCCUGGAGGAGGAGCUAGACUACAGGAAGCAGGCACUAGAUCAAGCCCACCUGAGGGUGCAAGAGCUGGAGGCCACACUUUAUGCUGUCCUGCAGCAGGACCCAGACAGCCGAUUGGGUGAGAGUUUGAGUGACAGGCAGCGGGCGGAGCUAGCUGAGUCUAUGGAGGUGGUGAGGAGGCAGAUCCUUAGGCAGAGUCGUCAUGCUGACACACUGAUCUUACAGCAACGCAUGGAGCUCCUCCAUUCUGCACAACAGAGGAUCAGAGAGCUGGAGGAUAAGAUCGAUAUGCAGAGACGACAAAUCAAAGAGAUCGAAGAAAAGGUGUGUAUGACUCUGUAUCCUUUUCCAGAGUACACAAUAAGAUGGUGCUCUGAGCAGACAUUCAAAUUGAAAACCUAGAAGUUACUUAGGCCUUUAAAUACUCUCUUAUUGAAAUAGAUAAGUUACUGCAUAUAUUGAUAGUGGCUUUUGCAAAUACCUAGUCUCAUGAUAUUAAUUAUAAAAAUAAUUAGGACUAAUUCAAAUAAUAAACUACACCGGUGUGCAUGUGUGCUCAGUUUCAGUGGGUGUGUAUGGGAGUUCUUGAUGUCAGUUUGUGAAGUGUGUUGCUGUAAAAUCUUUUCUCUUUUCUCUUUCUCUCCUCUCUCUUGGUUAACAUUCCUUUGUGUUUGUUAUG